UGGACGAUCAUAAGGAAGUAGAGACAAGGCGGAGCCGUUUGCAGCAACUGCGGAAGGUAAACAAAAAGAGAGAGGGAACAAAGAGUUCCUAUGAAUCCAUCAUGUCUUAUCAGGCUGGAAUCCCUCGAGACCCUAACAUGCUGGCCGGCACCAUCAGCUCCAACAUCCAGAAGAUAACACAACUAACUGGUGAGAUCCAGAGGAGUGUGAAUAAUGUGGGAUCGGCCCAUGACUCACCUGAGCUCCGCCUGCAGCUGCAGCAGAAGAAGCAGCAGGUCCACCAGCUAGUCAAAGACACUGACCGCUACAUUAAGGAGUUCAGUUCCCUACCCGUCACAACAGAACAGCGCCAAAGAAAGCUCCUGAAGGAUCGCCUGGUCAACGACUUCUCCGACGCACUCGCCGCCUUCCAGCGGACGCAGAGACAAGCAGCCGAGAAAGAGAAGGAGUUUGUUGCUAGAGUCCGAGCCAGUUCCAGAAUAUCAGGAGGGGCUGAUGAUGUAGGAAAUGGAAACCCUUUCCAAAGCGAGGCUCAGUACCAGAGCCAGAACCAGGUCCAGGAUGUCUCCAUCACUGUGGAGGACCUGCAGCUCAUUCAGGAGAGAGAGUCUGCCAUCAGGCAGCUGGAGUCUGACAUCACUGACAUUAACGACAUUUUCAAAGACUUGGGGAUGAUGGUCCACGAGCAAGGGGAUAUGAUCGACAGCAUUGAGGCCAACGUGGAAACCGCUGACGUCUGUGUCCAGAGCGCCACCCAGCAGCUGGCACAGGCCGCCAAUUACCAGAGUAAAUCUCGUAAGAAGAUGUGCAUUCUGAUAGUGGUUCUGGUGGUUCUGGCUGUAGUAAUAGGGCUUAUCAUCUGGGCUUCAGUGAAAAACUGAAGAAACAAGCUGACUGCCUAACUGAAAAAUUGACAGACUGAAAGGCUAAUUGACUGGUGGGUGACAGAUUGACAAGCACACAGACACAGACAGACUAACUGGCUGACAAGCGACAUACAGACAAACUGAUGAGUUGAUAGACAGACUGACUUAAUGACUGAUUGAUACUUUGGAUUGUACCAGCUGUUUGAGGGACCAUGUUGUUUCAGAUCCAUUGAUUUAAAACAACAGUCACACAAAUGAGAAUAACAUAAAUAAUGCCAAAAGAUUGAAAUAUUCUGAUGAAGCUUUUGUUCAUACAGAAGUUGUUCUAAUUUAUUGGUUUCUUUUUUAUAUACAUUUGCAUAAACAUUUGAGCCCAAACCUGCACCAUAGAAAUUAAUACUUUUUAAACUGGUUAUAUGUUAUAUCUGUAUAUACCUGUUAACAAAGUGCCAUCUUAACAGUAAUGGUCAUGAUGCUCUGUAAUAUCUAUGCAUUCUUCAGGUGUUUAGAUCUUUAAUAAGGGACUGUCAUGUUGACAUUGUAGUGUGUAGACUAUUGUUUAUGUGCCUGUGAUACUAUUACAAUUGACAUAAAAGGUUGCUAGUUCUGAAUUGAACAGACAACAGACAUUGUAUGGACAGAUGAAUGAGUCAUAUUCUUAAUGAUGAACUGACUCAUUCAGUGACACAAUGUUGUGUUGUUAAGUUUAGGAGCUGUUCUUUAUACAGUCCACAUUCAGACAACACAAAGCCUUGUGCCACAAAGGGGCCAUGAAACCUGAGACACCUGAAAAUAAUAUAGGGAUUAUUGUGCAUGAGGAAUGAUUAUAAUGCAUUGACGAUGACCAUAUUAUAUGCACUAGAAUCCUGAACUGGACACUGUAAGAAAAAUAUGUCUGCUGCCUUUAACGCUAUAAAUCAAUCACAUGUAUAAAUAUACAUUCUGUAAAUUAAUAUAUGAUGUAUAAAUAAAUAGUUUUUAAACCAA